AUCAACCCAGCCUCUCCAAGCAACCUCUGCCUCGUCUCUGGCCCAUCGCACUGUCUGCGCCGAUUGGCACACUUAGGGACUGUCUCUUGUACUUUGGUGGUGCUGGAGAAGGAAUACACACACGCUCUCUCUUUUGAUGAUGUCUACUGAGCAAAUGCAGCCCCUGGAGCUGUCAGAAGACAGACUGGACAAGCUAGACCCUCACUGCAGCCACUUGGAUGACCUUCCAGAUCAGUUCAUUAAGGGCUGUGAUCUCAAAAAGAAGCCACGAAAGGGAAAAAAUAUGCAGACCACACUUACUGUGGAGUCAGACCAGAAGAAACCAAGGAGGAAAGACACACCUGCACUGCACAUCCCACCUUUUAUCCCAGGUGUGAUUUCAGAACAUUUAAUUAAAAGAUAUGAUAUUCAAGAGAGACAUCCAAAGAGCAAAAUGAGCCCAGCUCUUCACAACACUGACCUGGAACAGAAAAGGCCAAGGAGAAAAGACACACCUGCCCUGCACGUGCCCCCCUUCGCAGCAGAUGUAACACUGCUCCAGGACGAAAGACCCAAAGUGAUCAUGGAAGAUGAUGAAAAGGAUGGUGACAAGAAAGCUAUUUAAAGACAUCGCCCCUGAGAUUACUUGUAAAUAGGUUAGAUUGGUUCCCUAUGGUGACCUAGAGAAAAAAUAGACUUGUUUCUGCUCUGAUUUUGUCUUAGUCUGACUCAGAUCUAGAUACCUCUUCCCCAGGAGACACAAUAUAUAAGAUUGCCAGUCGCCUCCUUGUCUUUUCUUUCUUUUUUUUCCUUGAGUGUGGUUUCUAGUCCCACUUUCUGAAUUCUUCAGUGCAAUGGAAAGGAAAUAGAUCAUUCCAAAGUAGCAGGUAAUAGGAAAGCUUUGGUAUUCACUUUUUAUUUUCUGCCUGUUCUGGAUCAAUUCAUGGAGCAAAGAACCUGGGAAGCAUUUACUCCUUUAUCUGCUGGGCAGAACUUAGCUUAACAUUAUCCAAACACCAGUCCAGGAGAUCCCCCUUGCCAGUUAAAGAGGAGAGAUCAUUUGUUUUCUAACUCACUGAUUGUUUUUGGAAAUCUGAUGUUUUAUUUCUCCUGGCUUAUCUUAAGAGUCCAUUCUGGUGAUAUCCCUAAAAUCUUUGUUGGAUUUAUAAACUGAGGGAGUCAACUCAGUCUAUCAUACCAUGACUGAAAAUACCAGAAUUCAGGAGGUUCACAGUAUCUUUUCAUAUUUACUUUUAUUUGUACAAACAACAGCUCUUAACCAUGUUACACUGACAUUUAUGAAUUGUAUCACAAAUGAAUCAUAACUAAUGACAGGUAAAAUACCAAUGUUUGUGAUUAAUUUAAUUCUUUUAAAAACUAAACUGAAGGCCAUUCUGAUACUUUUGGUAUCUGAUUUAUUGAGCCUCCAAUAAUCUCUCUUAGAAAUGAGGGGAAAGUGAAAUGUUACCUAAUGAGAAGGCAUCUGUAUUUAGUCCCUGUCCCAGCUUGCAAUCUGUGGGAGCCUGGGGUGGGGGUGGGGGUUUGUAUGUAGACCUUAUCCAUCAGGUAGUAGAUAGGAAGAAAGGUGAGAACUAUCAUGGAAAGGAAGAAAAGCAGAUGUUCAAAUCAUCAUACUGAAGAGUGAUAAUAUGCAACUUAUCUCUCUAUGCCCUGGUUCUGAUCUUUUAUUAAUCCCUUUGUGA